AUGACAAAAGAAAAUAGCUCAUUGGUAAAAAAAAGUGACAACAACAUAGCAACACUUGUGAAACAAGACAACAAUACUUUUACACAUAAUGAAGAGGUUAUUGAAGGCAACACACUUAAUGUAGAAGUUCUCGAAAUUA